AUGGCCAACCCGAUGAAUAACUUUGAACUCGAAUUCUCCGCCGCUGCUCCAGAACAUGAUUCUCCCGACAGUGACGCCGUCGUGCAGUCUUCACUAUCUUCCAGCGAUCCAUCUCUAAUGGGAUACACGAACGGCCAUGUCGCGAACUACCCGUUCGCAGAGAUGCUCUCUCAGGACUUUGAUCCAACAUUACAGGCCUUCGAUCAACCUCCCAGGACCCAGGGGGACAUCGAAGGCCGCCUAUCGUCAGUCAUGCUGAGUUAUGACACCCCGACGACGGGGGUGUCCAUGCCUCUCAGCCUGGAUUCGAACGGUGCCUUUGCCUACGACAUUCCGACCACAUACCCUUCUACCACCAUGGGCAUGGUGCCCUCCAUGGACGACCCUCAACUUCAUUCCGCCUUUUCUUUCCAUCCAUCCAUGUCUCAGCAGGAACAAUAUCUUUCGCCGCAGCAACAGGUCGCGCCGUCAGAAGUUUACCACGGUCGCGGAAGCAACACCACUACCAAUUCGACUGAGUCAUUGGAAGAUUCCGACUUUUCACGGGCCAGUGAACGAUCGCAACAACUGAGUCUGCAGCAGUCCAUCCAAGACACUCAACGCUAUACCCCUUAUUCGCAGACACAACACUCAUUAUCCUCAUAUCGCGUCUCGCAACCAAUUGCCAUCCAGCCGAAAAAGCCCCUCGUUGCAGUCAAAGGUGAGUGGCCGUCAUGUAGUGUAGCCUGCUGCUGGGCGUGCGUAUCGAUCGAUCAAGAGCUGACGCCGCUCUGCGUGUCAGAGGACCUUUCGCCAGGCCUGGCUACGCCCGACGCCGUUUGUACAGAGCAUACUGGAAUUUACUCAAACAGUGGGUUUGAUGUUCUGGGGGUUCUUGUAAGUCUGCGGUGGCUCAUCCAUCACAAUCCUUGCAUGCGAUCGGACCAAAAUUUGCUCACCAAAUUUCCUUUCAAAAAACAGUCCCGUGUGGCCAUGAGGCCAAAUCCGAAAAUCAACAUUGGCGCCGUCGAUUUGUCCUGCGCCUUUGUCCUCUGCGACCUGAAGCGAGAGGACCACCCCAUUGUGUACGUCUCCGACGCCUUCGAACGAUUGACCGGAUAUACCAAGAACGAGAUUGUCGGACGCAAUUGCCGUUUCCUCCAAGGUCCCGAUGGCCAAAUUGUCCCGGGUGCCAAGCGAACAUUUGUCGAUGGGCAGACGGUGCAUCGGUUGCGAUCAACAAUUCACGACCGCAGCGAGAUUCAGACUAGUAUUAUCAACUACCGCAAGGGUGGCCAGCCAUUCAUGAAUCUGAUCACGAUGAUUCCCAUUCAGUGGAAUUCGGAAGAUUACCGAUUUUACGUUGGCUUCCAAGUCGAUUUAGUAGAGAAGCCUGAUGCCGUCAAGGGGAGGAAUAUGGAUGGCACAUAUAGCGUGAACUACCAGCGGGACCAAUUACCACAAUAUGUGGUCCCGCCUACCGAGGUCUUCAGACAACGGCCGGACUUGGCCACUCAUUUCGGCCACGACGAGGUCACUGCGGUCCUCAACGCCGCUGGUGUUCCGGGUUCUGGUGUCUCACGCCAGUAUCUGGAUCGUAUUCUGGUUGAGAACUCCGACGAUGUGAUCCACGUCCUCUCGUUCAACUGCGAAUUCCUUUACGUGUCGCCAUCAUGUAAGCGGAUUCUCGAAUACGAUCCGUACGAGCUUGUGGGAAAGACACUAUCAACUAUCUGUCACCCGAGCGACAUUGGACCAGUGGUGCGAGAUUUACGAUCGAGCACUACCCCAGCGCCAGUGAGCAUUGUUUAUCGUAUUCGCCAAAAGUACAAGGGCUACAUUUGGUUUGAGGCUCAUGGUUCCUGGCACAUUGAUCCAACGCAGGGACGCAAGUACAUGGUUAUGACAGGCCGUCCUCGUCCGGUAUAUGCGCUGGAUCAGGUCGCUCAGCUGGGGUCCAAGGCCGCCCUUGCUGAGAAUGAUAUCUGGGUCAAGGUGUCCCUCUCUGGUGUGAUCUUGUUCGUGACGUCCAAAGUCAAGCCAGUUCUGGGCCGAACGCCCGACGAUCUCAUUGGCAAGAGCAUGCACGAGUUAAUGGAGCUUGACGGCGAUCCAAAUGCGAUCACUGAAGCCCUCGAGGCGGCAGCCAGUGGACAGGGUCGCGAUGGUGGCUCAAAGAAAAACGGAGAGCCCCCGUCUUUCCGGCAUCAGAUGCGACACAAGAAGGGUCAUAUGUUGUCCGCCCACACUACACUGUACUCUGGUGACACCCACAAUGUCCGUCCAUCAUUCCUGGUGGCUCAGAUUCGAUUCGCUCGUGCUUUCCCUCCUUCCUCGGCUGCCGCGUCUGCCGCCGAGGACGAAGAGAUGGGAAAUAUACCCGGCACAUCCAAGUCGACAACUCUUACUACCAUGGACCCUAACCCGCCAGCCCAAUACGGGCUUGGUCAACGCAUGCCAUUCCUCUCAAACCUUGUUGGCCUGAACGGUCUUCCCCUUGGAAAUCGCAGUAUAUCUCCUUCCGACGUUCCUGCUACGUUCUUCACAGAGCUCAAUCCCACCCGCGGAUCAAGUUGGCAGAUUGAGCUUCGCGAGUUGGAGAAGCAGAACCGCGGACUUGCAGAUGAGUUGCAACGCCUACUGGCCCGUCGCAAGAAGCGCAAGCGCAAGCAGAGCGCCGUCAGUGUCGAGAAAUCUUGUGCCAUGUGUAGCACCAAGAACACGCCUGAAUGGCGCCGAGGCCCCAGCGGUAACCGUGACUUGUGUAACAGCUGCGGUCUUCGCUGGGCCAAGCAAGUCCGCAACAAAGCGCAAGCUGCGGCGUCGGGUAAGGCUGCUGUGGGCAAAGCCGCGGCCGCUGCACCGACUAAUACCGCAACCGCUCCCCCUGCUGCAAAGGCAUGA